AUGGCGGCGCCGCUGGCGGCUCCGGGCGGCGCCGGGGCCGGUGGCGGGCCCGGGGCGGGGGCGGCGCGGGGCGGGCGCGGGCCGGCGCUGCGGGAGGGGGCGCGGGUGUCGGCGCUGUGCCUCGCCUGGUACGGGCUGAGCGCCGGCGGGAACGUGGUGAACAAGCUGCUGCUGGGCGGCUUCCCGCGGCCCGUCACCGUGUCGCUGUUCCACAUCCUGGGGCUGUGCGGGCUCCUGCCGCCGCUGCUCCGCGCCUGGCGCGUCCCGCCCGCCGGGCCCGCGCAGCUGCCGCCCCGCGCCUACCCCCGCUACAUCCUCCCGCUCGCCUUCGGCAAGUACUUCGCCUCCGUGUCCGCGCACGUCUCCCUCUGGAGGGUGCCCGUGUCCUACGCGCACACAGUGAAAGCCACCAUGCCCAUCUGGGUGGUUCUGCUGUCACGGAUCAUCAUGAAGGAGAAGCAGACGACGAAGGUGUACCUGUCCCUGAUCCCCAUCAUCACUGGUGUCCUGCUGGCCACGGUCACAGAGCUGUCCUUUGACAUGUGGGGACUCAUCAGUGCCCUUGCUGCUACGCUGUGCUUUUCUCUUCAGAACAUCUUCUCAAAGAAGGUGUUGAGGGAUUCCAGAAUUCACCACCUUCGGUUGCUGAACAUCCUUGGCUGCCACGCUGUGUUCUUCAUGAUCCCAACCUGGGUCCUGGUGGAUCUUUCUUCCUUCUUGGUAGAGAAUGACUUGAGCUCCAUGUCCCAUUGGUCCUGGACCUUGAUGCUGCUUAUAAUCAGUGGAUUCUGUAAUUUUGCCCAGAAUGUGAUUGCCUUCAGCAUCCUGAACCUGAUCAGCCCCCUGAGUUACUCGGUGGCCAAUGCCACCAAGAGGAUCAUGGUGAUCACCGUGUCCCUCAUCAUGCUGCGCAACCCCGUCACCAGCACCAACGUCCUGGGCAUGAUGACAGCCAUCCUGGGGGUCUUCCUCUACAACAAGACAAAAUACGAUGCAAACCAAGAGGCAAAGAAGCAGCAGCUUCUCCCAGUGACCACUGGAGACCUGGUGAACUUGGAAAGGCACCGAAAUGCUGCUGAGAAGUCCCAGAAUGGACUCGCAGCCUUUGGCCAGCACGGGGACUUCCUGCGCAGCAACGUCCUCACAGAGCACUUGCAGUUCAGCAGGCAGAGCUACCCCACAGCCUACAACCUCAAUAGGUUUGAUAUUUAGGAUCUCCUGGCACAAAGGUACAGACUGUGAUAUCAAAGUGUCCCCAGCAUUAUCAGAACACUUCCAGUACAUCCAUGAAUGUCACGGAGCCAUUGAGGUGUGCAGCUUGCAGGGCAGGGCAGGGGAGCGGUGCAGGAGCUGCUGGGCUGAGCUUUAAACCUGGGACAGCCAGACCUGGAACAGCUUUAAACCUGGGACAGCCAGACCUGGAAGAGCUUUAAACCAGAGCUGACACUGGAACCAACCUCACAGAGCAGGUCCUGCUGAGGUGGGAGUGACACUGCACGGUGGAACAUCUGCCACUGCUCCUUUCAGGCUCUGCCAGCUCCUUGUUCUCUUGGCAGCUGAAUUCUGGCCAGUAUCUCCUUUCCAUGCUGGUAAUGUCACCUUUAACUUGUUCUCUAAUAACGGUUCAAUGAUCCUUUUGAUGAAGCUUUCAGGAAGAAGUGAAAGCAAGGGGUGUAUGUGCUGAUCAGGAUUUGCCUGGGGAGGAUCAGCUGUAGGCAGGUAAGGUCGAGUUCAUCUCCAGCAUCUGUGCAGCUCCUUGUGGAUAUUCACAACUCCUGUGCCUCUGCCUCCAGCCCUGGAUGAGAAAGCAGAAUUGUUUCUGCAGGAGCAGGCAGUGGAAGGAUUGAUUUCUCCCAGAACCGCUUCAGGAAAAACACAGUUCUCCAAAUCACUGCUCGUGGCAGAGAACAGCCAAGCCCAACCUAAAAUCAUCAUUGUUUUCUGAAUCAUGUAGUCCAGACAUUGCUAUCCCCUGGCCAUGCAGGAAACUCCUUCAAUAAAAAGUGUUUGGAAUAAUGUGAUUUUAUUUUUUUACUUGCUUCACACCUGUUCUUUCAAAACUGUUUUGUUGCUUUAGAAAUUGAAAGGUGAAAGGUGUUUUGUUCUCACUUUUAUGCUCUCUUAUAUGAGUUAUAUCUUUUCAAUGCAUUGAUUUGAACAAUCACCAUUAUUAAUUGUUUCUUAAAUCUUUUUAGCCUCUAAUUUGGGUUUUUUAAAUUUCUUAAUCACUGCUGUUGGAGUAGCUGUGUGGAUUUAGGUUGACUUCCACCUCCUGCUGAAAGAAAUUAAAUUUUGUAUCCUGUGCUGUUCCUGCAACUCCCCUGGCUCGAAUAGGAAAUGAAAGAAAAACUGAAAAACUGUUUGAAUCAGCAGUAAAUAGAUAAUUUAUGGCUGAAAACUGGUUCAGAAUAAAUUCUAGACAAGGUGAUUGUGUGUGUCAGGUACAGAUUUGUGCAUGGAAGGGAUGAACCUUGGCUUUCCUUCCUUUGAAUGAAAUUCCUUGGAAUGAAGUGAAAGCCAACUUGGAACUUGGGUUUCACUGAAUCAGAAUUUUCUGUCCUUGCUUUAGUAAAAGAUUUUAGGGGCCUUCUUUCCUUCCCAGACUGUUGUACAGUGAGACUUUGAUAGCAUAACUUUUAUGCUUUUAACCAGAGAGGUACCAGGGACAAACCCCAGGGUGUGUCCCAGAACACUCCUCUUAUUUAUUGCUUUCAAAUGACCAUUUCCAUGAUGUGAGAUGAUGAUUUGGCUCCUUUCUGGAUAAUAAAGGAUUUAUUUUUAAGUGCAAGAUCAAGCUGAUCUUAUUCUUUUGGCUGCUGGGGUGGUAGUUACACGAACAGCAUGUGAGAGGAGUGAGGUUUUUAUUGUUCCACCAGAGUCCAAAAGAGGAAAUGGUCCUUCUGAAACUUCAAAAAUGGGUUAAAAAUGCUGCUGCUGCUGGGUGUGAGCAGAACUUCUUGCCUUGACUGGAGUUCAGUGUUAAUGCCAGCUGAGAAUUUGGGAUUUUGGCAGAAAAUCUAAAUAAAUCUGAACAAGGUCAUGAGGAAAUCUUUCCUUCAGGUGAAAUUUCUUUUGCCUGGUCCAGUAUUAAUGAGUGUAUAAUUACUUCUUUGGAAUAUGGGGAAAAUGCCAAAUGUGGAUUUCUAGGGCUCAUUUGCCAACAUUUCAAUGCUUUUACCUGAAAGUAAAAAGGAUUUGGUGCUGACUCUGGGUUUGGAUUUGGAUUUGGUGAACUCUGGAUUUGAAUUUGGUGCUGACUCUGCAGAGACUCAUUUGAGGCUGAGAUUUCAGAAGGGGCUGAAAUUUUCCAGCUGCUCUCAAAGGCUGGGACCUGGUGAAUCCUGCAAACCCUGAAUUGUGUCUUUGUGCCUCAGUUUCCCUUUUGGGAAAUGGAGAUUAUUCUUCUUUAAUCACGGGGGGUAAAAUACCAGAAAAAAGUGGCAGUGGGGAUGUGCAGGGAUCCUCUGAGUUCAUCUCCCCAUCCUCUGCUGUGCCAGGUUCCUGCAACUUCAGCUGCCACAGGGAGUAAAUAAAAACCAGACCAGAGAUUUUAUUAAAAAUAUUCAGAUUUGUUUCCUUUUAAAGAACGUAACCAAACCUUUUCUGGCAAAUGUUUUCACAGUGAGCUUGCCCUGCACACUUCCCAGAGAAGAUUUAAGCUCAGUUUUUUUCUGUAGUCUUGCCAGCAGCUGAAGGUUUCCUGUUCAGAACUGUCCCAAAUUCCAGUCUGGCCCAAAAUGAGGAUUUCCCAGGAGGAUAAAGGAUCUUUUUAGGGCUCAGGAAUGAAUCUGCUCCAGGUCUGUGGGCAGUAGGGAGGGCUGGGUGUGGUGCAGGGGGACAUUAAACCUGCCAGGUUCCACAGGGUGGAUUUGCUGGAUCCCAAAUCCCAGUCCUUAAGCAAUAUUGCCCCCAUCGAGGGAAAGGAACUUCCUGGCAUUGCUGAAAUAAACAUUUGCAUCUUGGAGCUGUGCAAGGUUUUUUGUUUGGCCAAGUGGGAUGUUUGUUUUAAGCUGGUUUGUAAAUGAGGGGUGUGUUUGGCUCUGUACACAGGGCUGGGGGAAGGACAGAAAAGCUGGAAUAAAGAGGGCAAAGUCUGCACAAUGUGUACAAUGACCCUGUUAUUAAAUCAAAGGCAAGGGUUUGGGUUCACUCCUUGCAGGAAGCUCUGGGAGUGUCAUAAUGGGCACUGCUGAGGAGCUGGGUGGAUGUGAUCACUCACAAAUGCUGAAACCAGGGUUAGAACUGGACUUACUUGAGAUAUUUUGAUUUUUACUAUGCAUUUUUUACACAGAAAUUCAUCACAACAUUGAAAAACUUCUUCCCCAAGCAGCCCUGGGUAGUUGUGGAAAUAAGAAAACCAAAUUCCCCCCACUCCGUGUGGGUGUUCUGUUGGCAGUUCCAAAGAGUAUUUGGUGCUCUUUAAAAAUAUUCCCCCUGCAGGUUCAAUUUUGGUAAGAGGAUCUUUAUCAUCUGGUAAAAUGCUUGUGGUUUUUAAAUAACUGAAUGCUAAAUAAAAUUGAGGCAAGACUUAGGCUUUGUAAGUGCACAGUGAUUUGUAAAAAUAGUGUUGGUAUUUUGGGGUCAACUCAUGAUGAUUUCCAAAGCUCAGUUUUCCUUUCUAAUCUGUUCAAACCCAUUUUUUUCUGAUGCAGCAUUUUGCAGCAGAAGGAGUUUCUGCCAUGUGGCUCUUUGUGAAACAGGUGCAAUAUAAAUAAAGGGAAAAUUUUGU